AUGGAGAAUAAUAAAGAUUUACACUUAGCCUCGGAUGCGUCAGAAAGUCGGGCUGUAUCUGACGCUCGUAUCCAGCCCAACGUUGACGACCUAAGCAAUACAACUGGUUCUGAGCAAUAUCCUGCUUCCGGUGCUUUAGUGAAUAACCCAAUCACUACCACAAAAGCGGGACUUCCACGGCAGCGCAUGAAAUGGACUACUGAUUUAAAUAAAAGUUUCACGCGCUGCUAUUUCAUAGCUACAAAUCUUGAAAGCGAUAUGACACUCUACAGGGCUAAAAUGUACAAGACAUUUGUUAAUGAAAAUCCACAUCUGCAAAUUACGGAACAACGGUUGGCAGAUCAGAGAAGAACCAUUAUACAUAGAAAACUUUUAUCGGACAUAAUAAUUAAUGAACUGAAGGAGCAGGUGAGUGAGCAACUAGAAGCUCAAAAUAGCACAGUGGGUGUGGUGAUGGGAUGGUGCAAUAAUGAAGAGCAGCAGCACGCCUCAAUUAAUACAGAGUUACAAACAAUAAUAGCGGAACAUACUUGUGAAGAGAAUCGAAGGGCAAUUCAAGAGCCCCGCGAAAGCGAAAAUGAUCAAAUCAGCGAAAAUGAGAAAACUAGCCAAAAUGUUGAAUUAGAAGGCAAACUGCAGGAAACUUUUAUUACAUUUCGAGGAAGCGACCCAACACGAAGAUUAAUAAUACCAAAACAAAAUACUUCAAAAAAACUUGCCAGUAUUGUAUCGAGAGUAAACAGCCUAUUACCAAGAUUUUUAAUGUUUAUAUACAGCUUUGAAGACUUCUAUUGCUUAAUUUAUUGUGCCGCAUUAGUUUGUGCAAUUGAAAAUUGUGCAAAAAUUGAGAAAAGUAAACAAAGACAAACAGAUUCAAAUCGCAUGAAAAUCCUUCCAUGGCAAAAAAGACUGGAAAAUAAGAUUCAGAACCUGAAAAUGAAUGUUAACCAAUUAACACAGUAUAGUAGCGGGCAAAGAUCAACAAAAUUAAAUAAUACGGUUGAAGCCCUAUUCAAGAAUAACAAAGUACAUUCUAAGCAUGAGGAAAACAACAAUACGAUAAAAGAAUGUUUAGAUACGUUAAAACAAAAACUAUCAGCAGCGUCAAAAAGACUGAGACGGUACAAGGUUUCCAACCAAAGGCGUCAAGAAAAUCGACAGUUCCAACUUAGGGAGGGCCAGUUUUAUAGAGCACUAAAAAAUGAAAUAGUUCCUUCUUCGAGACUGCCAGAAAGAGAUGUAUCAAAAAAUAUUGGGAAGAAAUAUGGUGUAAAGAAGUUCAACAUGAUGAUGAAAAUAGCUGGAUCGAUGCUGAAAAUCAAAGAGCGUGUAAGAUAG